AUGGCUUUGACUCGUGAAGAGCGCCUCAAAUUGGCAGAUAUUGACCCUGAGCUUGCCCAAACCCUCAAGAAAAUUACUAUACCUGCCCCAAGCCCUGAUGCCGAACCCACAAGAGUCAUCGCUGGGGUACGGGCGUACAUGAAGUCGCAACACAAGCCCGCCGAUCCAGACAGCGGCGUCAUCGAACAUGACAUUUUCUACCCUGCUCGGGAUGGUCAUCAACUACGCGCUUGCGUCUUUCGACCAGUUGACCAGAAAGAGGCACCGUCGCCACUGGUGGUGUACUACCACGGCGGUGGAUGGACAAUCGGUUCACCAGAGGACACAGCACCGGCAUGUCGAAACCUUGUGCAGACACUCGGAGUAGUCUGCGUUGCGCCAUCGUAUCGACAGGGUCCUGAGGACCCGUUUCCGGCUGGAAUUAAUGAUGCAUGGGAUGGGCUGAAAUGGAUGGCGGCACAUGCAGUAUCCGAGUUAGCUAAUGCUGGUGCUUCUGUCUCAUUGUCGGCUGGGUUUGUGGUUGGCGGUUCUUCAGCUGGGGGUUCAAUGGCGGCUAUUCUGGCGCAUUUGGCUCGCGAUGAGAAAGCAAGUCUCGCAGCACCGAUCACAGGAUACUUCUUGCUUUCGCCUAUGAUUUUACCACCUGAAACGUUCAAAAAGUUCCCGGCGAACUGGAAAUACAAAGAUUCAUACCUCUCGCGCGACCAAGACGCCUGCAAACAAGACCCUAUUCUAUCUCCCCAACUUGAAAAGAUAUUCCACGACUCUGCGGCUGGAGAUUUCGAGUCUCCUAUGUUUGUCCCUUUUAUAUGGCCGACGGGUCAUGCAGGUUUGCCGCGGACAUACUUUCAAGUGUGUGGUAUGGACAUUGUGCGUGACGAGGAUUUGAUAUAUGAGCAGCUUCUGAGAGAAGAGAAUAGGGUUGAGACGAGGUUGGAUAUCUACCCGGGUAUGCCGCAUACAUUCUGGAAUAUGUUUGGCAUGUUGACGCAGGGCAAGAAAGCGAAGAGAGACUUUGCGGAGGGGAUGAGGUGGUUGUUGCACCGUCCGGAGUGA